AUGGAGGCUGCCUACCUCCAGCGCUCAGAGGAGUCCCAGUUCAACGACUCUCCCAAACCCCAAUCAUGCUGGUCAAAGAGAGGUGGUGCUGAAGUCCACGGAGGACCCUCUCUGCCUGAGAAGACAUCCCCUGCAUCAAAGACACUCUCCUCCCUGACUGAUCCUUUGGCUCCCGCAUCAGCAGGGCUGCCUCCCACCAAGACGCCUCUGAGUUGGGAGGGCCUUUCCCAGGUGGGAGCUGGGCUUCAGAACAUGGGGAACACUUGCUACGUGAAUGCAACCCUACAGUGUCUGACCUACACAGAGCCCCUCGCCAGCUACAUGCUGUCCCAGAAGCACGGGACAGCCUGUAGGAAGCAGACAUCCUGCAUGCUGUGUACUCUGCAGGCUCACAUGACCCGGGUUCUCUGCCAUCCUGGACGUGUGCUCCGGCCCCUGCCGCUCCUGCUCGCCGCCUUCCACACACACAAGCAAGAAGAUGCCCAUGAGUAUCUCAUGUUCAUUCUGGAUGCAAUGCAGCAAGCAUGCUUGCCUGAGGACAAGCCCUCAGACUCUCAGCAUGCUCAGGACAGCACCCUCAUCCAGCAUAUCUUUGGGGGGUACUGGAGGUCGCAAAUCCAGUGUCUCCACUGCCAAGGCAUUUCCAGCACUCUGGAACCUUACCUGGACAUCAGCCUGGACAUUGGGGCUGCUCAGAGUGUCAGCCAAGCUUUGGAGCAGUUGGUGAAGCCCGAAAUGCUUGAAGGUGAAAAUGCCUACCAUUGUAGUAAGUGUCUAGAGAAGGUGCCUGCGUCCAAGGUGUUGACUUUGCACACUUGCGCGAAGGUCCUCAUCCUGGUCUUGAAACGAUUCUCAGACUUCACAGGCAACAAAAUGACUAAGGAGGUGCAAUAUCCUGAGUGCCUUGACAUGCAACACUACCUGUCUGAGCAGAGGGCAGGACCCUUGGUUUAUGUGCUCUAUGCCGUGCUGGUGCAUGCUGGGUGGAGUUGCCACAGCGGACAUUAUUUCUGUUUCGUAAAGGCAGGAAAUGGCCAGUGGUAUAAAAUGGAUGAUGCUAAGGUCAGCGCCUGUGUUGUGACUUGUGCCCUGCGCCAACCUGCCUAUGUCCUCUUUUAUAUGCAGAAGACCGAUAUGGAAAGAGACCUUGUGAGUGAGUCAGUCGAGGGAGGAAUCGCAUCUCCAGAGGCAGACCCCGCGGUUGUGGGUGAGGCCUCAGGAGAGAGCACAAGGGAUCCCGCUGUGAACCUUGCUGAGUCGGAGGAGCAUGGGGAAGAGACCUCAAGGCAACAAACCACAUUAGACCAGGGGAGAUGCCUCCAAGAACGCAACCGACCUAAGCCUGAACUUCAUGUCAGGAGAAGAGAAAUUGCUCUUCCUGAGAAUGCAGUCAUCCUUCACCACUCCAAAUACAGACAUGAGAUGCCCAAGAAUCAUCCUCAGCAAACCAUGGACCUGCUCAACACUGCAGCUGGGAUGAUCCCACCUCAGGUGGCCGGGGACGUGGCCAAAGCCCCAUGUGUGCCAGGGAGAGCCAGACCAACCAAGAGGACAAGUAAGAAGGGACAGAGGUCUGGGGAAGUAGUGCAGGGAUGUGUCUACUAA